CGUUGUUCCUCACUUGUGCUUGGGGCUCCAGAAAACAAGCAAGGAACCAAGUACCAUCUCGCCCAGCCGCCAAUCCUUUCCAUAUGUCUUCUCCCGGCCACGGCGCCUCCUCCGCCGUGCAGGUGGAGGAGCAAUUCCUAUCCGCUGGUCGGAGCUCCGAGAAGCUGAGCCUUUCAACACUCCAAUCGAAGAUGAAGUGUGACCCGGAAGGCUACGUAUCGGAGCUCCUUGGACUCUGCGACCAGUUCAAUUCCUCCCUCGUGCUCUUCGAGCAACAAGCCGCCAUGAACUUCGCCUCCAUCACCGGCAUCGGUGGCGACCCCACCGUUGCCAAAGACCUCGGCGAUAAGGCAAUGUUCCUCGCACACGUCACCCCUUUCUACCCCAAACACCUCAAAGAUUUCCCCCAAAAACUCGCCAGUUUGAUCCGUUGCGCCUCCCGCAAUCUCCCGUCGGGGCUCCGCUGCCGCCUCGCCCAAGCUCUAAUUCUCCUCAUUAAUCGGAAGAUUGUUGACAUUGGCGAAACUCUGUCGUUGUUCAUGGAGCUUCAAACCUUAGGUGACAGGACGUUGAAGAAGCUGGCAUUUGAUAACGUCAUUCACAGUAUUAAGCGCAUGAACCAGAAGCAUAAGAACGAAGCGAAGAACCGGGCUCUGCAAAAUGUCUUGUUUUCAAUGCUGCAGGAAGAGGAUGAAGUGCGAGCUAAGAGAGCGCUCGUGACACUGUGUGAACUUCACAGAAGAAAAGACUGGUUUGACGAGAGAACAGCUAAUGCAAUUUGCAGUGCUUGUUUCCAUCCAGCACCAAGGAUCAUGAAAGCGGCUUUAUCGUUUCUACUAGAUUAUGAGAAGAUUGAAAAUGAUUCAGACAGUGACAAUUCAGACAGUGAAGAUGAAACCAAGGAGUCUACUCAAGUCAUCCUUAGUAAGGCGACAAUUUAUAAGGCACACCACCAAGGAACAGCAGCUAGCAAAAAGAAAAAGAAAGCCAAACUAGAACGUGCCAUGCGCAGCAUCAAAAGGAAGCAACGUUUGUCAACUGAGAGGAACAAUAACAGUUAUUAUUCACCACUUAACCAUCUGAAAGAUGCACAGGGUUUCGCUGAGAAGCUGUUGUCACGUUUACACAAAUGUAAUGAAACAUUUGAGGUUAAGCUGAUGUUGAUGAAAUUGAUUGCUCGAACUGUUGGGCUUCACCGGCUAAUUUUGUUAGACUUCUAUCGAUUUCUUCAGAAAUAUAUUCAGCCACGUCAACAAGAUAUUACAAAUUUGCUUGCUGCAGUGAUUCAGGCUUGCCAUGACAUGGUUCCUCCUAAUGAAGUUGAGCCCUUGUUCUAUCAAAUAGUAAAUGAGUUUAUACAUGAUCGCUCUCGUCCUGAGGCUAUGACUGUUGGACUAAAUGCAGUCCGGGAAAUAUGUAUGCGGAUGCCAUUGUUAAUGAAUGAAGACUUAUUACGAGACCUUGCUCUGCAUAAGAAAUCACAUGAGAAGGGAGUUUCAAUAGCAGCUCGAUCUCUGAUUGGCUUAUUCAGGGAGGUUAACCCUUUAUUGUUAGUUAAGAAGGAUCGUGGCCGGCCUAUGGACGCCAAGGCAAGACCAAAAUCAUAUGGAGAAGUUAGUGCUGCAACUGAUGUUCCCGGUGCUGAGUUCUUGCCUAUUGUACACAAUGAUGAUGAUCAGGAGGGUAGUGAUUCCGAUGAUUCUGUAGGCAGUGGCUUUCACAAUGACCAGGAAAAUGAUCUGAUGACUAUCAAUGAUGAUGAUGAGAUAAGUUCUGAUACCAAGACUGGUGAGAGUGAUGAGGAUGAUGAUCUUGAAGAUAUGGAGGAUGACCUUGAAGACAGUGAACAGGAUGACGAAGAGGAUGGUGAGGUUUCCGAACAGGAAGAUGAUGAUGUGCAUACUUCUUGUGAUGAUGAAAGUGUAGGUGCAAAUAGUAGAAAGAAAGACUCAGCAAAGAAAAGAAAGAUUGCUGAUUUUGAUGAUCAGCUUUUAGCUGCUGAUACAAGUCUCCGGGCUUUGAAGAAAUUGGCAGGGACAACAAUGGGGCAUGCACCCCUUCCAGAAUCUACAGAUGGUAUUCUAUCCAAUGAGGACUUCAAGAGGAUCAAGGAACUAAAGGAAAAACAUGAAGCAAGAAACACAUUUGCUCAGCAUGGGCUAGCACGUUCGGCAACAAUUAAGGUUCCAGAUUCUGAUAGACUAAGUUUGAAGCGAGUAGAUGGCGUGACGCUUGAAGUUCAUGUAAAGAAAAGGCAAAGCAAGGAAGAAAAGUUGGCAUUGGUUAAAGCAGGAAGAGAGGAUAGAGGAACAUACCAUUCUAAAACAGCUGUAAAGCAGAAAAAGACGGGUGGACUAAGCAACCGUCAGAAGGAACACAAGAAGAAAAUGCCAGUGGCUGCAAAGAGAAGCAAGAUCGCAAAAUCUCGCGUAGAGAAGAAGAAAAAGAAUCAGCGCGCAGGGAAACAGUUCCGAGGAAGGAAAGCAUGGAAAUGAUAAGUUAUACAUUUUUGCUAAUUUUAUUUGAUUUUUUGGUUCUGCCAAAGAACCAUUCUUAGCUUUUAAAUAACACCAUACAUUACCCCUAUGGCCCCUAUCCCUCUCUUAGCUUCCCAUUCUUUAAAGCCAAUUUUGAUUUUGUUUGAGAGCAUUUUUAAAUUCAUAGUAGUGGUUACUUUGCAUAAUAAUUUCGUGAACUUAAAUAUCAAACGAUUAAGUUUUGAACCAUGAAAUAAUGGUAUAUGAAUUUCAACUUAAUAUCUAAUUAAAAGCACGUCCAAGCUUAAAGGGUAUCAUCACUUCACCGGAGAAAGAAAGGAAAAUUUAACGAGGAAGUGUAUACCUUUUGGCUUUUGCGCUCUAAUUUUAGUAAUUUAUCAGAGUAAAAGCUCAAGAAAUCUGAAGCCUUUCAUACCCUUUACGAAACAUUUCAAGUGCUUUGGGAUAGCACUGGUGUUCUAAUUGUUUUAACCGUUAAUUUUAAUUAAUAUAUAUUAUAUAUUCUUUUUAUAAUUUAAAUCAACCAUUAAAACAACUGGUGCACCGGUACUCUCGGUGCACUUGACCCGGUGCACUUGAAAUGUUUCCUACGUUUUAUACUGGAAAAAAUUUUUUUAAUGCAUUCUCUUUUCGAGGAAAACAUCUGACAAUACCAUGAAAACUAAAAAGGCAUUUCUACGAGAAAUUAAUAAAGUAUGACACUAUUUCUACGAGGAAUUCCACAUGAUAUUUUUUGUCAAACCUAAUUGCGCUGAUGUUGGAUUCUCUGAAUAUGAGAGAGAAAUCGUCCAAAUGGGCUUCACUAUCUGAGAACAAAAAUGAAAGCUCAUCUGCUAUUCGGUAUUUGAUUCGCUAGUCAUCUUCAACUUAAAAAGUAGCUAUAAUGCUUUUGAUAUCAAAUGAUUCUUGAAACAAUACCGAAGGAUUAGCUAGACGAAGCAUUAUGAAAGUAGCGAAUACAUGGAUGAUUGCAUCCCGAUGAUAAAAACUAGCACGUAAUAAGAACUUAAUCCAAGCCAUAUUAAAGAGUGCUAUCAAAGGAACUUGCUGUUGGUAGAAAUAACUCUAGUGCUCUUUCUAUAUAUGUUCUUUCGCCAAUUAGAUAAUGAUGAAGGAUGGCCUUAAAUAACA